AUGGGAGGAGAAGGAUCGCAGCCGAAGAAUGAUGGGAAAAGUACCACCGAUUCUUACUCUCAUGUUAGGAAAUCAAACGAUACUUGUCAAGACUCAAAACUCUUUGAUGGUAAUUGGCCAAGCUGUGAAUGCCCACAGGGUUUCACAUUGCUUGAUCCAAAUGAUCCAAAUGGUGAUUGCAAGCCUGAUUUCACUCCAACCUGUGAUGAAGUUGAUUCAAAUAAUGCCGGAGACAUGUUUGAUUUCAUCGAGCUCAAUGGUAUUAAUUGGCCACAAUCUGACUAUGUGCACAUGAAACCAACUAAUGAAGAGAGCUGCAAAAGUUCCUGUUCUAAAGAUUGUUUCUGUGCUGUUGCAAUUUAUGCAAAUGCCCAAUGUUGGAAGAAGAGGUUUCCACUCUCUAACGGGAGGAAGGAAACAUCACCUCCUGCAAAGGCGUUUGUUAAAUUCCAGAAAGGUGAUCCUCGUCCUGGAACCCCUUCUCAGCUUCCAGCAAAAAAUAAGGAUCAGAAAAGUCUGAUACUUGUGGUAUCGACCCUCUUUGGUACAUCGGCGUUUGUAAACAUCAUAUUGAUCGGUGUGAUUUGUGUGGGUUUCUUUGUAAUUUACAAGAAGAAGGCUAGACAUAUAUAUCCAAGUAGUAAAUCUAUUGAAACCAAUCUUUCUCAUUUUACAUAUCAAGAUCUAGUCGAAGCUACAGAUGAAUUUAAGGAUGAAUUGGGAAAAGGAGCUUUUGGGGUAGUCUAUAAAGGUGUCAUAGGGAAACAGAUAGUGGCUGUGAAGAAGUUAAAUAGGUUGGUUCAAGAUGGUGAAAAGGAAUUUCAAACGGAGGUUGAUGCUAUUGCAAGGACUCAUCAUAAAAAUUUGGUGCAGCUUCUUGGCUAUUGUGAUGAGGGUGAGCAACGGCUAUUGAUUUAUGAGUACAUGAGCAAUGGCACUUUGGCAAUGUUUCUUUUUGGAGAAACGAGACCUACAUGGAAACAUAGGAGUUAUAUUGCUGUAGGGGUUGCAAAAGGACUCGCAUACCUCCAUGAAGAGUGUAGCACCCAAAUCAUUCACUGUGACAUAAAGCCUCAAAAUAUACUUCUUGAUGACUACUAUAAUGCUAAGAUUUCUGACUUUGGAUUGGCAAAGCUUUUGAUGAUGGAUCAAAGUCAUACAAACACUGGAAUAAGAGGAACAAAAGGAUAUGUUGCUCCUGAAUGGUUUAGGAACAUGCCUGUCACAGUAAAGGUUGAUGUCUAUAGCUUUGGAGUGUUGCUACUAGAGAUCAUUUCAUGCCGAAAGAGCCUGGUUUUUGAGUGUGAUAAUGAAGGGGUGGCAGUUUUAACUGAUUUGGCAUGGGAUUACUAUCACGGAGGUAGACUGGAUGCAUUUGUUGAGAACGAUUCCGAGGCCAUAGAUGACUACAAGAGAUUGACGUGGUUUGUGAUGGUUGGUCUUUGGUGUAUACAAGAAAACUCCGCACUCAGGCCAACCAUGAGGAAGGUCGUCCAGAUGCUUGAAGGAGGAAUUGAAGUGGCAGAACCUCCAUGUCCAUGCCCUUUCUCUAUUACGACUUGCAAAUUGUAA